AUGUUGAUCUGACUUCGUGCGGUGAAAACCUACAUCAGAAGUAAAAGUGGCCGUCUAAUUGAGCGUAUCGUAUUCUUGUCCGAAGAAGACUACCAAGAUUUUGAGGAGGCCGUUUCUAAGGGUCGAGACCCCAGGGCGUUGCUCUCGAAGUAUUUAUCAAAGCGAGAGGCUGAAAACCUUGAGUCCUUCAGCAAAGAGGAGCAGAUUGCACUGAAAACGUGGGUUCGCACGAAAAGUGGCCGCCUGCUCGAGCGUGUGGUCUAUAUUUCACGGAAAGAGCACGAAGCAAUCAAACGAGGUGACUUGGACGCUACAAGUCUUAUUCGAGAACGGAUGAAGCUGAAGAAA